UUCAAUAUCUGUCUCUUCUGUUUUGUGUGUGAAGAGCCUUCUUCCAUAAUAACUCCCAAAAUUACACACAGACGAACUCACUCUCGCUUGCUCCCUCGCUCCUUCAAAAUUAGGGUUUUCAAUUUAAUUACUCACUUUCUCUUCCACUGAUUGCUGCGUUUCAAUGCCUGCUAAUUUUAUAGCCAAAUCGUGCCUGGAUAACCCUAGUCACUGCCAAAGAGCUCCUACCCGCGAGCCGUUUUGGCGUAUUUCUCAGUUUGUGUUUUCUUUACUAGCUUUGACUCGCUUGUCCUGAUACAAUUUCGUCGUUUGAGCCUCCGAUGGCGCCCAGUCGGAGAAAAGGUGCCGGCAAAGCCGCGGCCGCAGCCGCCGCUCGCCGUCAAUGGAAGGUCGGCGAUCUUGUCCUCGCCAAAGUUAAAGGCUUCCCUGCUUGGCCUGCCACGGUAAGUGAGCCUGAGAAGUGGGGCUAUUCAGCAGAUUGGAAGAAAGUACUGGUGUACUUCUUUGGAACUCAGCAAAUAGCCUUCUGCAAUCCUGCUGAUGUUGAAGCAUUUACUGAAGAAAAGAAACAAUCUCUUUUGGUCAAACGCCAGGGAAGGGGUGCAGAUUUUGUUCGUGCAGUGCAGGAAAUUAUAGAUAGUUAUGAGAAAUCAAAAAAACAGGACCAGGUUGAUUCCAAUUCUGGUGACGAUGGCACUUUGGCGAAUGGUGGGAAUUCAGCGGACUCAUCUGCCCACUUUGGAUUGAAGGACCGAACAGAAGCUUCUGAAGCAACACUUGAUUCACAAUCGAAACCUUCAAAUUCUACUACAGCUGCUGACAAUCCAAGUCUUCCAUCUGAGAAUGCUCCAGCUGCUGGACCAUUAGAUGUAAUGUCUGAUAAAGAGGCCGUAGCAGAACAACCUGCUGAUAAUUUGGCAGUUAAAGAAACACCUGUUUUAACCACCUACACUUCAAGAAAAAGAUCUGGAGGCUUGCCAUUUCAAAAUACACAGAGAAAGGUACUUUCAGCGCGAAGGUCAAGAAGCUCAUCAAGGGUUGAACCCUGUAGAUUCCAGAAUUUUACGAUGCCAUAUAAUGAUGAGGGGAAGAAUGUAGGGGACAUAUCUGCCAAUGUUACUAGAGAUGGAUCCUUAAGAAGGAAUAAACGAGCCAAAAAAUCACCUGAUGCUUCUGAAUGUGAUGAUGUGGAUUCAUUUGCUUAUAUAUCAAAUGGUAGCAUUGAGGACAAUGGUUCUGAAAUUGUAACAGUUGAAUCUGAUGCCUUUAGUCUGAAUGAAGGCAGCACUGUGGAUUCUGGUUGUAAAGUUGAACAUUCAGAGACUGUUGUUGAGUGUUUGGAGGAAGAUGUUGAGUUGAGCAAAGGGCUUGAUUUCCAAAUUAAGGCUGUUUUCUUUAAGAAGAAAAGAAAACCAAAUCGAAAGCGAAGUACUAGUGAUGCAGUUGAUCCUUCUGCAAGAAUUGACAUGGAAGCUGACACAGGGACGAAUAAUUGCCAUAUUUCACAAAAUGAUGGUGGCAAUUUGAAUGAAAGCCUUUCAAAAGAAGAUGGAGAUGAACACCUUCCAUUAGUGAAACGAGCCAGGGUUAGAAUGGGCAAACAAUCCUCUGCAGACAGUUUGAUAAAUUCUUUGCAGACUGAAGAAAAACCUUUCAAGGAUGUCACUUUUAAUAUGUUAGGGCAAACCAGCCCCUCUUCAAAUCAUGAUGAUAACAGUUUGGUUGAUAGGGAUCCUUCUGCAGUGAAGGGAUCUCCGGAGAAUGUAUCACCUUUGAAGGACUGCACUGAAAUUGUAGGAAAUAGGCCACAGCUUUGGAAAGGUACAAAAAACCAAUCGUUUGGCUGUUCUGCUGAUGGUGAAGCUGCUCUACCUCCGUCUAAACGCCUUCAUCGUGCACUGGAAGCGAUGUCAGCUAAUGCUGCUGAAGAAGGUCAAGCAUGCAUUGAGUCAUCAUCAACAAUAAACCCGUCUAUUGAUGUGUUAUUUGUCGAAUCCUUAACAGGAUGUUCUAAUGAGACUAUUGAAAGCAAAGAAGGGACUGGUUUGGGACUGCACUGUGCAGACUCUGCUGACAAUGGUGCUUCUGGUUUCUGUUCUGGCACAAAUCCCAGAGUUUUCGAGGGGUGUACCAAAUCUUCUGGAGAAGCUCAGAGUUCUGAUCUACUCAUCAAGAGUUCUAAGAGCGAAAAACAUCAAUUGGGCAAAGAUGUAGGGCCUAUGACCAAUGUUGACGGCAAAGAUCCUAUAGUGUCACCUUUGGCUAUGCAUACCAUCCAGACUGUGGUUCAAGCACAAACGCUGGAACAUAUUUUGCCUAGUCCUGGCAGAAGACAGGCCCAAGAAUCGUCUGAUCAGUUGUUGCCUUCUAAGGAUGAAGGAAAUGCUGAGAAUCCUGAGUUGAGAGAUUUUAGAGCUGAAAAUGUUGAGAAAGAGCUUGAUACUGUAGAAAAUGAGUCAAGUCUGGAUCCUGUGUCAGGGGCUGAUGAAAGUGCUAAGAUUUCACCUAAGAUUGGUGCAGAUGCGCAUCAGUACAAUUUGGAGGCAACUGGUUGUGGUAACAACCAGUCAUCGAGGUCUCAAAUUGAUGACAACUGCCAAAUUAAUGGAAUGCGUGGCAUUACAGAAGAGGUCAAAAAUAAAGAAAGUCAGGAGGAUAAAGGUUUGGUUUCCAUUUCUGAUGAUCGUUUGGUUGAAAAGGUUGUCUCUGACGUCCAAGUAACUUCAUCUCCGGUUGAUGGUGUGGAUUCUCCUGCACGGGUUUCUCCUUCCAAUACCUCACUUUGUCAUAUACCUACAUCAGAAAGUGCAAAUGUUGUUCAAAACAAUACCUGUUGUAGUCCCCAUGUUCAUUCACAGCAAAAGAAAAAUUUGGGUGCUCCAGUUGCUGAUGAAGAGGUAAACAUUGAUACAUCCAUAACUGAAAGAACAAAAUCUGUGGGGAAGUGGAGUAAUUAUUCAGAAGCACAUGCUGCUCUUACUUCUUUUGAGGCUGUGCUUGGGUCAUUAACAAGGACGAAGGAGAGUAUUGGUCGAGCAACUCGCAUAGCUAUUGACUGUGCAAAGUUUGGUGUUUCUGCGAAGGUGGUGGAAAUUCUAGUUCGAAACUUGGAGAGCGAGUCUAGCUUACACAAAAGGGUGGAUUUGUUCUUCCUUGUGGAUUCUAUAACUCAGUGCUCUCGAGGUUUGAGAGGUGAUGUUGGUGGUAUAUACCCUUCAGCUAUUCAGGUUGUGCUGCCACGCUUACUGGCAGCUGCUGCUCCUCCUGGGAAUACUGCUCUGGAAAAUCGUAGGCAAUGUUUAAAGGUUUUGAGGCUUUGGCUGGAAAGAAGAAUACUUCCAGAAUCAGUUAUUCGUCACCAUAUGCGAGAACUGGAUUCAUUUAGUUGUUCAUCUUCUGCUGGUGCGUAUUCUCGUCGUUCAGCAAGAACAGAAAGGGCUUUAGAUGAUCCUAUUAGAGAUAUGGAGGGUAUGCUUGUUGAUGAAUAUGGAAGCAAUUCGAGUUUUCAGCUUCCUGGAUUUUGUAUGCCCCGUAUGCUGAAGGAUGAAGAUGAAGGAAGUGAUUCUGAUGGAGGGAGUUUUGAGGCUGUCACUCCUGAACAUAAAUCUGAAACCCCUGAUGAGCAGGUUACAGUCCCUGUCAUUGAGAAGCAUAGACAUAUAUUGGAAGACGUUGAUGGUGAACUUGAAAUGGAGGAUGUGGCCCCCCCUUGUGACAUGGAGAUGGUUUCAACCAAUAACAGUGCUGAAAUCAAUACUGCACUGACAUCACUUGAUCAGUCAGCGCCCUUUGUCCCUCCCCUCCCACAAGAUGUGCCUCCUUCAUCACCACCAUUGCCAUCGUCUCCACCGCCUCCUCCACCACCACCUCCUCCUCCCCUUCCCCCAUGUGCAAUGUCUGAACCUUACUCUAAUGGAGCAAGCAUGCAUAAUAUGCAAAAUGAUGUGAGACAAUCUGUAGCCCAGCAGUCAGUUGCACCAGGAAUGAAUCCAUCAAUGCCCACAAAUGCAGUUCUUUAUCAUGCUUCUGAUUGUCGGGAUCAUCAGAUGCCGAUGCAGAUGUCUGACUCUACUAGCUCUUUUGGCAGUUAUCCUGUAUGCCCGUCGAACAAUGUUCAACAAGCUGAUAGCCCAAGGUUCCAUCACAAGCCGUACCCUCCAUUGCCACCUCAUGCUCCACCAUCAAAUCAGUUCUCGUAUGUUCAGUCGGGCCAGAAUGUUAAAUCUAGGAGGGAGCCCCCACCCCCUUCCCACUCACAUAGAUACCAUUCUUUGCCACAUGAUGGUGGAAACUAUUACAAUAACCAUGAUAGAAUGAAAUCGGCCCCAUAUGAACUCCAAGAGAAUUGGAGGUUUCCCGCUCCCUCUUUUUCUGGUCCAAGAUACCAUGACAAACCCAAAGAAUCAUAUGGACCUGGUUCAUAUGUUGGUCCCCCGUGUGAGCCAACAAGAAUGCCACACCAAGGGUGGGCAUAUCCUCCCCGGGGAAUGAAUCACAGGAGCUCUUUACCCAUUAGACCACCUUCUGGAGGUCCUGUACCAGUGGGAAUAAGAGUUGCAUCUGAUACCCAGAUGGGAGCUUCUCCUUCAGUUCCACAGAAAUCAAUCCACGAGUUCACUGUCAAGGAUAGCAGAGGCAAAGACGUGGACCUCAGCAUUUACAAAGGGAAGGUCCUUCUUGUUGUCAACGUUGCCUCCAAAUGUGGCUUUACGGAUUCGAAUUACACCCAGUUGACUGAUCUCUAUAACAAAUACAAGGAUAAAGGUUUUGAAGUCUUGGCAUUUCCAUGCAACCAAUUUUUGAAGCAGGAGCCUGGGUCGAGCGAGGAGGCUCAAGAAUUUGCGUGUACAAGAUACAAGGCUGAAUAUCCAAUUUUUCAAAAGGUACGUGUCAAUGGUCCAACUACUGCACCUGUCUACAAAUUUCUCAAAGCAAAUUCUUCUGGAUUCUUUGGGUCCAGGAUAAAGUGGAACUUUACCAAGUUUUUGGUUGAUAAGGAAGGGCAUGUCAUUGGUCGCUAUGGCACAACAACUCCUCCCAUGGCAAUUGAGGCUGACAUAAAGAAAGCUCUGGGAAAUGUUUAAGUAAUAUAUGAUUAUGGUUAAUCAAAUUCAGUUGAAGUCCUGAUAAGUUAUCCGAUGACUGAUGUAACUUUUUUUUUUAUUUUUUUGGUUAAGUGAGUGAUGUAGCUUUUGUAUUGCCUUACAUAUUAUGUUUUAUUCCUGUCUUGUCUUCUGUUUUUGUUCAAGUGUGUAUUUCCUGUAUAAUAUAACUGAUAAACUUCCAAAUUGUUUGUACACUGAGGUUGUAAAGAUAUUAGCCUGGUGAAAUAAGUGAUAGUGUAUAUACUGUUUGUUUUGUAAAA